AUGGAGGUGAGCACCGUGUCCCCAUCUCCUGCCUCACCCAUGGAAGGAGCCGAUCUCUGUGAGACAGAUGUCACCAACGUGGCCAUACACAGUGUGACACUGCUCAUCUGCCUCUGUGGGCUGGCUGGGAACGGGGCUGUCCUUUGGCUCUACAGCCUGGAAAGUCACACCUAUGCCAUCUUUGACCUGGCAUUUGCAGACUUCCUCUCGCUUCUCUUCACACUCCCCUCCACCCUCCACUUCCUGGUGGAGGACAUAUCCUGCUCUCCUAUUGUGCCCUUGAUGUCCGUGAGCUUCCUUUUCCAGCUGUCAGUGAUCUCCUACUUCUGGGGGCUGUAUCGGCUGAUGAUCAGCACCACUGUGGUCGAUAAUGACAACCUCUGCAAACUCUGCUUCCACUGCGAACUUCCCAAGCGCCUGUCGUUGCUGGUAAUCAGUGCCCGACGCUGGGCCUUCUUAGCUCUCUUCACUGUCAUUCCCAUGAUGACAUCCCUGUGCCCGUCCCACGAGCAGGAGCACUGCCGGGCAGCUCUCAUCUCCAUCUACGCUGUCAUCCUGCUCUUCUUUGCUGCACCCGUGGUCAUUUCCAGUGCAAUCGACAUCAUUACAGCAACACGUGGCUCCAAGAAGCAGAAACCCAAGAGGCGACACGUCGUUGUCUUCAUCAUUGUGCUCUUCACUCUCCUCCUCUGCCUCUGCAAUUUCCUGAAGCAGCUCGGUUACAUCCCUAUGCCCCCCCAAUUUCUUUUCCUGCUCAAUUGCAUUCACAGCGCCAUCAAACCCUUCAUCUACUUCUUGGCAGGGAGGUGCUGGAGUCCCUGCUCUGUGGGGUCCCUCCGGCUCUCCCUCCAGAGGGUUUUUGUGGACAAGGAAGAAAAAACUGACUGCAGUGAUGAUGAAAACACAGACACGGGGGUCUGAUGCUGUUGAUCCCUUCCACUGCUCUGCUGCAGGACCUCAGCACAGUUUUCCUUGAGUCACCUGAUUAAUAAAUAUC